CUUGAAUUUUCUUCAAUGUCUCUCAUACUGAAUAUCUUAAGAGAGAUGCUGGCAUAUUUUGGUGUUCCCAUAGACCAGGUUUUGCUGACUUGGGAAAAUAAAGACUAUGGAUCAACUCGGAGUAUUGUUCGUAUUAUUGGGAAAAUGCUUCCUUUAGAACCUUGUAGAAGACCUGCUUUUGAGUUGAUCCCGCRCUUGAACUCUGUAGAAUCUGAUAAUUGUGGAUCUAUGGUUCCAUCUUUUGCUGAUGUUUUGUGUGUGGCAAAUGAUGAAGAAGCCAGUUAUCUCAGAUUUCGAAAUAGUACAUGGAAAAAUGAAGAAAAGGAAAAAAAUGAAUUUUCCCAUCCUUUACAACCAAUUUUGGAUCCACUGUUAUCAGCUCAAAGACCGAACAAACCAGUGAAAAAUGAUCUGCCURUAAAUGAAGCUACAAUUAAAAAAAUAGCUGCCCUUGAAGAUGAGCUUACUUUUCUUCGCUCUCAGAUUGCAGCAAUUGUGGAAAUGCAGGAACUAAGAAAUAGAAAAAAGUCUGGCUCCUUUGACUUGAAUGAUGAGCCCCCUGGUGUGGGAAGAAUGCCAUCACGGGCAACCGCUGAACUGAGUGUAGAACCAGAUCAGUUUCCAAGUGCAAUGCUUUCUCCUCCUUCACCACCACCGCUUCCUCCUCAUUUUUCUUCUCCUCAGCUUUCAAGUUUUCCUCCCAUACAACCAGGAUCUACUAAUGUUUGUGACUCAGAUAAUCCAAUAGCUGAAAUGAAAAAGCAGCACCCCRGUGCUAAGACCAAUUAUAGUCAUCAUUCAAAAAGCCAGAGAAAUAAAGAAGUUCCAAACAUGUUGGAUGUUCUAAAGGAUAUGAAUAAGGUCAAGCUCCGUGCUAUUGAACGGUCACCUGGUGGUAGACCCAUUCAUAAGAAGAAAAGACGAAGUUCACAUUGGGAUCCCGUGUCCUUAAUAUCACAUGCACUUAAGCAGAAAUUUGCAUCCCAAGAAGAUGACUCCUUUGACAAAGAAAAUAGAUCUUGGGAUUCUUCUCCAUUUAAUAGAUCUUGGGAGUCUUCUCCAUUUUCUAGUCCAGAAGUUUCAAAGUUUGAACAACACAUUUCACAGACAGAAGGACAGUGAUCUGAGGGAAGAGCUGAUAAUGCACAAAAGCUUUGGACAAAGUAUUGGGCACAAAAAGUCUGUCUUUACUUGGAAGGAAAGAUGCAGAAAUAUGGCGGCAUGUCUUUCGCUGCCUUUCAUAGGAUCAGCUCCUCUGCCCAGUAAUGUUGAAUGA